UUGUUAUUAGAUUGGGAAAAACGAUACAAGAUCAUAGGAGGCAUAGCUCGAGGAAUUCUUUACCUUCAUGAAGAUUCAAGAUUAAGAAUCAUUCAUCGCGACUUAAAAGCUAGCAACAUUCUUUUAGAUGCAAAUAUGAUUCCAAAAAUUUCAGAUUUUGGAAUGGCAAAGUUAUUUGAAGUAGAUCAAACUCGAGGCGAUACAAGUAGAAUUGUUGGAACCUUUGGAUAUAUGUCUCCUGAAUAUGUAAAGUAUGGACACUUCUCAGUCAAGUCCGAUGUUUUCAGCUUUGGCGUCUUAGUCUUGGAAAUCAUUAGUGGCCAAAAGAACAGUAGUUUUUGUAAUGGAGAAGAGGGGGAGGACCUGCUAACUUAUGCAUGGAGAAAUUGGAAAGAAGGGACAGCUUUAAAUAUGAUAGAUCACACUUUGAGGGGUCAUUCCAGUAGUGAAAUUACGAGAUGUAUUCAUGUUGGAUUUCUAUGUGUUCAAGAAAAUGAAGCUGAUAGACCAACCAUGACUUCAGUUGUUCUAAUGCUAACUAGCAACUCUGUCUCUGUGUCAGUGCCGUCAAAACCUGCAUUCUUUAUGCACAGCGUUGUGGAACAGGAUAAAUCUGAAGUCACUGUGCCGGGUCAAUCAAAAAGCAAUGCUGUCCAAUAUUCAGUGAAUGAAGCUUCAAUCACUGAGCUGGAUCCCCGUUAACAUACAAGUAUGCUAGAUCUUUAAGCAUGUUUGUUCUCUAAACUU